ACAAAUCAAAAUGAGCGAUAGUUCAGAUGAAGAGUGGAGCGAGUCCUUUUUACCAUACAGUCAACGUAACGAAUGGAAAGAUGUAACACCAUUGCCACAGGAUGAUGGCGAGAAUCCAGUUGUCGCAAUUGCCUACAGUGCAAAAUUUCGCGAAAUCUUUGAUUAUUUCCGCGCUAUAUUAGCUCGCAAAGAGAAAUCGGCUAGAGCCUUGGAGUUGACAACAGAUGCUUUGCGCCUUAAUCCGGCUAAUUACACGGUGUGGCAGUAUAGACGUGAUAUUUUGCGUGAAUUGGGUAGCGACCUGAACGUGGAGUUGAACUACAUCGAGGAAGUUAUUACCGAGAAUGCUAAAAACUAUCAGGUCUGGCACCAUCGCCGUGUCAUUGUGGAAAUGUUGAAUGAUCCAUCCAAGGAGUUGGAGUUGACGGAAAUGGCUUUACGAACUGAUGCGAAAAAUUACCAUGCCUGGCAACAUAGACAAUGGGCCAUUAGAACAUACAAUCUCUACGAUAACGAAUUGGCUUUUACAGAUCGUUUAAUAUCCGAGGAUAUGCGUAACAAUUCCGCUUGGAAUCAACGUUUCUUUGUACUUAAACAUUUCGGUUUCACACCAGAAACAAUACAACGUGAACUGCAAUAUACCAUGGAUCGUAUACGCAUUAUUAAGAACAACGAAAGUUCCUGGAAUUACCUUAAAGGUAUUCUGCGACAAAGUGAAAAUGGUUCACUUUCUCAAUUUCCCCAUGUCAUAGCAUUUUGUGAAGAGCUGUACAAUAAUAACUCUAGAUCACCGUACCUAAUAGCAUUCCUGAUUGAUGUCUACAGUGAACAGUGUUUAGAAUUGUCUGAUGGUGGUGAACGCGAAACAUUGGCCCGUAAAGUAUAUACACUGUGCGAUGAUAUGUCCAAGAAACACGAUAUAAUACGUCGCAAAUACUGGCAAUAUGUUGCGGAUCAGUUGAAAUCUAAACUCGAUUCGAAACAAUUGUAAAUGUCUAGCAUCGAAAAGUGCCA